GCAUCUCUCGCGAGAACAAGCUCCAUAUUUGAGCGCAUGCGCGAGUCGCAGUAGUCUCUUUUCCGGUUUUCGCGGCGUGAGGCAAUAUGAGCAGCAAAGUCUCCCGCGACACCCUGUACGAAGCGGUGCGGGAGGUCCUGCACGGAAACCAGCGCAAGCGCCGGAAGUUUCUGGAGACGGUGGAGCUGCAGAUCAGCUUGAAGAACUAUGACCCUCAGAAGGACAAACGCUUCUCGGGCACCGUCAGGCUUAAAUCCACUCCGCGCCCCAAGUUCUCCGUGUGUGUUCUGGGGGACCAGCAGCACUGUGACGAGGCCAAGGCUGUGGAUAUCCCCCACAUGGACAUUGAGGCCCUCAAGAAGCUCAACAAGAAUAAGAAACUGGUCAAGAAGCUGGCCAAGAAGUAUGAUGCCUUUUUGGCUUCAGAGUCUCUGAUCAAGCAGAUUCCACGAAUCCUGGGCCCAGGCCUGAAUAAAGCUGGCAAGUUCCCUUCCUUGCUGACCCACAAUGAGAAUAUGGUGGCCAAAAUCUUGGAGCUGCCCUGGAAGGAGGAGACUUUCUUGGUGUUGCAGUCUCUCCUGGAGCGGCAGGUGGAGAUGACCCCCGAGAAGUUCAAUGUAUUGAUGGAGAAGCUCUGUAAAGAGGGGCUGGCAGCCACCACGUCCAUGGCUUAUGCCAAGCUCAUGCUGACAGUGAUGACCAAGUAUCAGGCCAAUGAUGAUGAGCUUGUGUACAACAUCCACUUAGCUGUCAAUUUCCUGGUGUCAUUGCUCAAAAAGAACUGGCAGAAUGUCCGAGCUUUAUAUAUCAAGAGCACCAUGGGAAAGCCCCAGCGCCUGUACUAAGGCAGAGCUUAAUAAACCGCAGUGCUACCAU